UAAAGACAUUUUUCAUGAUUUUAGAAUGAUGAAAGAACAUGGAUUACUUAGAAACUUGAUGUCACAACCCCUUUCAGUUUUCUUUGAUGCUUUCAGAACAGAAGACUAUGAUAAUGGUGGAGAGGAAUAUCUAACCUUCUCUGGGUGUAGAUCGAACUUAGGAGGAGGGAUGGAUUUCAAGUCUGGUGUAUUUACUGUACCACUGGACGGAGCGUACAUGUUUACUAUCCAUAUAUGUACUCAUGAUAUGAAGAAAGGGCUUCUCUCUCUCAGAUGUAAUGGUAAUGAGCUUGCAAGUUUCUAUGAUCAAAACCAUGAUUCGAAUCAUAAGAAUUCGAUGGCGAGUCAGAGCAUUGUAGCAGACUUAGAAAAAGGAGAUCGUGUACAGAUAUACAUGUACACACAUACAGGUUUGAUGGACAAGAAAUCCAACUUGUUUACACAUUUUGUUGGUAUAUUCCUGCGCCCCAAAAACUUCAUGGUUGAACCGGAAACGGAAAUGGAAAUAACUAACGGACACUAGAAUCUAGAAAUAAAUGUUUUUGAAUCAAUUUUCGAAAAUGUAAAUGUAAGGAAAGGUUUAUAUAUUUGAAUGUUUCUAUUUGUUUUUAUUAAAUAAAUUUUAUCUUGAUGUACAGGGUUACCCGCAAAGGC